AACUGCGGACAAGUCAAAAAUAUUAUUAAAAUUAUUAAAUAAACAAAAAUGAGACAUUCUUUAUUUAUGGCACGCACAGUUCUAGUGCAAAAUAAUAAUGUCGAAGAGGCAUGUCGUUUAUUAAAUCGUAUUUUAGGUAAAGAAGAAAUAUUUGAUCAAUUUCGGCGUACACGUUAUUAUGAAAAACCUUAUCAGGUGCGGCGUCGCGUCAAUUUUGAAAAGUGCAAAGCUAUAUAUAAUGAAGACAUGAAUCGUAAAAUCCAAUUUGUUUUACGUAAAAAUCGUGUCGAACCAUUUCCAGGCUGUUCUUGAAUUUGUUUAUAUGUAAAUUCUAAAUAAAAACAAAGAGGAUUAUGUAAUCGUCUAAAAACCAUCCCAAGAGAUACUUCUUAUUUCCUACCUACACCAAGCAAUAAGAAGAACAAGAAACCUACACCAAGAAAUAUAAGAGAUUAUGUGGUUUAUUGGCCCGACCUGUCAGAUCGUACACACUCUAAGAGACGCACAUUGCCUUUGUGAUGCUAGUUAUUUUGGAGGUUUUGAUUAUGACCAAUGAACAGGACCUGCGGUUUCGCAACCCAUUUCCAAGUCGGUGUGCCAUAUAUCAUAUGAUAAACCGGCUUUUCUUGGAUACUACCAUCCAACGCUUACAUACUACUGGCUAAGGCCAUUUGAAAUAUGGCGGUUCUGCAAAAAAUGCGGGUAAAUUAAACAAAAGUUGCUUAUAUGGAGAUCUUGACUAGCGACGAAUUCUUAACACACUGCAGAUUCCAGUUGUAGGCAAUAGCGUAUGUCAACUAGAUGGAAUCAACUGCACUGCUCCUUGUGUAUUUGACGUUUGUAUGCGGACUUCGUUAUUCCCUUUUUGCCAUUCCUAUGUAUACAUAUGAACGCCCGUUAACUUGCUCUAAACGCUUUUUAGCAUUUACUUUACAAUUGGUAAAAAGUUCUUUAAACUUGCAGAGUUUAUAUGUUCACUUCAAUGUUAAUUAAUAAAAUAAUUAACAAAUGGUUAAAGAAAGGAUUAAAUUUUCAAGCUUAA